AAGAAAACCAAAAAAAAAACAAAAAACCAAAAGAGAGAGAGAAGAGAAGAGGAUCGAACGGAGGAAGAAUCUUCCUCUCUCUAUUUUUAAGGAAAGAUUCGUAAAUUAGUGGCAACAAAGAAUAAACGAACCUGAGAAGACACUGCAAAAACAAAUACAAAAACAAUCCCGGAGAAGAAGACGACGACGAAGAGUGACCUUCGUUAAAGUUCUUCAAAUUCCGUGACGAAAGAUCUUUCUUUUUUAUAAAAAAAAAUCCAGAAAUUUUGUUUUGAUCAUUUCGAUGUUUUGACCGAAACCCAUAUUUCAGAUCUUGGUAAAGCGUUGAUAUGAAUCUGAAAGUUGGUUCAUUUCGAUCUGGGUUUUGGCUAAAUUGAAGAUGCAUCAUCACAAUCCAUUCACAACAAUGCGAAGUUUAAAACUUGCUGAAGGUUGUAAAGGUACGCAAGUCUACGCUCUCAACCCUCCUCCGCCCGGAACCGGAGGAGGAGUUGGUGAUAAGCUCCUACAACAUCUUCAAGAUCACCUCCGCGUAAACUCAAUCCGAUCCAAAUCAAGCCGUACAUAUAAUCAACCCGUCGUCUCCCCUGAAUCCCUCCUCCCUUAUGGCCUCCCCCUCACCGAUCUCCUCGAGCCUCAGAUCGAUCCUUCCUUGAAAUUCCCCGACUUGGUUGAGAAGAUGGCUCAUCUCUACCGUCGCAUCGACGCCUCCCCGCAGCUCGACAAAUCCGGAGCCUUUUUAGAACAAUGCGCCGUCUUCCGAGGCUUAUCCGAUCCCAAGCUUUUCCGGCGGAGUCUCCGAUCGUCGAGACAGCACGCCGUUGAUGUCCACGCGAAAGUUGUUUUGUCGUCGUGGCUUAGAUUCGAGAGGAGGGAGGAUGAGUUGAUCGGAACGUCUUCUAUGGAUUGCUGUGGGAGAAUCUUGGAAUGUCCCAAGGCCACUCUUGUUCCCGGGUAUGACCCGGGAUCCGUUUACGAUCCAUGUCUCUGCUCCGGAGCAAAGGACGUUGAUGUUGUUCAAGAAUGUUCGACUUCUGAGGAAGCGUUGGAUUAUGACAUGUCCUUUUGUAUUGGCGACGAGGAGGUUCGUUGCGUGAGGUACAAGAUAGCGUCUUUGUCGAGGCCUUUUAAGGCCAUGUUGUACGGAGGGUUUAGAGAGAUGAAGCUAGGGACGAUUAGUUUCACGCAGAACGGAAUCUCUGUUGAAGGGAUGAGAGCUGCUGAGAUAUUCAGCAGGACUAAGAGGUUAGAUGGCUUCUCUCCUAACGUUGUCUUGGAGCUACUCAAGCUAGCGAAUAGGUUUUGUUGUGAUGAGUUGAAGUCUUCUUGCGAUACGCAUUUGGCGCAUCUUGUUAAUUCUUUGGACGAGGCGAUGUUGUUGAUCGAGUAUGGUUUAGAGGAGGCUGCGUAUCUUCUUGUGGCUGCUUGUCUCCAGGUUUUCCUCAGGGAGUUGCCUAGCUCUAUGCAUGAUCCCAACGUUAUAAAGAUCUUUUGCAGCGCCGAGGGAAGGGAGAGAUUGGCGUCUCUUGGCCAUGCUUCUUUUGCGUUGUACUUCUUCUUAAGCCAGAUUGCUAUGGAAGAUGAUAUGAAAUCCAACACAACUGUGAUGAUUCUGGAACGUUUGGUUGAAUGCGCGGUGGAGAGUUGGGAGAAACAGCUUGCUUACCACCAACUAGGGGUUGUGAUGCUGGAGAGGAAAGAGUAUAAAGAUGCUCAGAGAGCGUUUAACACAGCUGUUGAAGCUGGUCAUCUUUACUCCCUCGUGGGUGUUGCUAGGUCUAAGUUCAAGCGUGACCAUAGGUACUCGGCUUAUAAGAUCAUCAACUCGCUGAUGUCGGAUUACAAGGCUACUGGGUGGAUGCACCAGGAGAGGUCCUUGUAUUGCAGUGGUAAAGAAAAGCUGCUUGAUUUGGAUAUAGCUUCCGAGUUAGACCCGACUUUGACAUUCCCCUACAAGUUCAGGGCAGUGGCGUUGGUGGAGGAGAAUCAGUUUGGUGCUGCCAUCUUGGAACUGAACAAGAUUCUUGGAUUCAAGGCCUCGCCUGACUGUCUGGAGAUGAGGGCUUGGAUUUCUAUAGGCAAGGAGGAUUACGAGGGUGCUUUGAAAGAUAUCCGGGCACUUUUGACAUUGGAGCCCAACUUUAUGAUGUUUAAUGGUAAGAUCCAUGCUGAUCAUAUGGUGGAGCUGCUCCGUCCUCUGGCUCAUCAGCGGAGCCAAGCUGAUUGCUGGAUGCAGCUGUUUGAUCAUUGGUCUUCUGUGGAUGAUAUUGGAUCUCUAGCAGUUGUUCAUGAUAUGCUUGCACAUGAUCCAGGGAAUAGUCUUUUGCGGUUCAGACAGUCUCUUCUUCUGCUAAGGCUAAAUUGUCAAAAGGCAGCAAUGCGUUGUCUGAGAUUGGCUAGAAACCAUUCAAAGUUGAAGCAUGAGAGACUUGUGUAUGAAGGAUGGAUAUUGUAUGAUACAGGCCACCGCGAGGAAGCCCUGGCCAAGGCUGAGGAGUCAAUUUCCAUACAAAGAUCUUUCGAAGUGUUUUUCCUCAAAGCUUAUGCUCUUGCAGACUCUACCCUCGACCCUAAGUCCUCAGAGUACGUUAUCCAGCUCCUUGAAGAAGCACUUCGGUGCCCUUCUGAUGCUCUCCGUAAGGGACAAGCUUUGAACAACCUGGGAAGUGUAUAUGUGGAUUGUGAUAAGCUGGAUCUAGCAGCUGAUUGCUAUACGAACGCGCUCAACAUCAAGCACACACGAGCUCACCAAGGACUUGCUCGUGUUUAUCAUCUGAAAAAUGAACGUAAAGCUGCUUAUGAUGAGAUGACAAAGCUAAUAGAGAAGGCUCAGAACAAUGCAUCAGCAUAUGAGAAGCGUUCUGAAUACUGUGACCGCGAAAUGGCACAAAGCGACCUCAGCCUGGCUACACAACUCGACCCUCUCCGUACCUAUCCUUAUAGAUACAGAGCCGCAGUUCUUAUGGACGACCACAAAGAAAAUGAAGCCAUAGAGGAGCUCUCGAGGGCGAUAUCCUUUAAACCAGAUCUGCAGCUGUUACAUCUACGGGCAGCUUUCUAUGAUUCCAUGGGAGAAGGUGCAUCUGCUAUCAAAGAUUGUGAAGCAGCUUUGUGUAUAGAUCCAGGUCAUGCAGAUACACUCGACCUCUACCACAAAGCACGUGAAUCAAAUGCUACCGAUCAAAAGUAG